CAAUUUUUUCUAUAUAUAGAAAGUUACAAAGCUCUUUUUUUGCCAAAUUUAUACAUUCUUCUUCUCAAUCACAUCAUCCACCUGGUUCACAUACAAUUUUCUUUUCGGUUUACAGCUACACAAUGGGGUUUAAAGAAGUCUUAUUACUUUUGUACAUAACAAUGCUUACAACUUCAAGUGUUGCUAUGGAUCAACAAACAUACAUAGUUCACAUGGACACCACCAAGAUGGACACCCCCAACCCUGAACAAUGGUACACAGCCAUCAUUGAUUCAGUCAACCAACUCUCAUCUCUCUAUGGCGACAACAACGACGAUGAAGAAGCAUUGAAUGCUGCCGAGAUUCUCUAUGUCUAUAAAACUGUCAUUUCAGGUUUUUCUGCAAAGCUCUCCUCGAGAAACCUUCAUUCUUUAAGCAAAGUUCCAGGUUUUGUAGCAGCCACUCCAAAUGAACUACUACAGCUUCACACCACUCACUCCCCUCAGUUUCUUGGCCUUCAAAGAGGCCAUGGCCUUUGGAAUUCUUCAAACUUAGCUUCUGAUAUUAUUAUUGGUGUACUCGACACUGGCAUUUGGCCUGAGCAUAUAAGUUUUCAGGACAAAGGUCUCCCCCCUGUUCCCUCAAAGUGGAAAGGCAUUUGCCAAACAGGUCCGAACUUCUCACAUUCAAAUUGUAACAAAAAACUCAUUGGAGCAAGAACCUUCAUUCAAGCCUAUGAGGCUGCUGUCGGUAGAUUGAAUGGAACAGGGAUAUUUCGAUCCGCACGAGACUCGAAUGGCCACGGCACACACACAGCAUCAACUGCUGCUGGAAAUUUUAUAAACAGAGCAAGCUUUUAUAACCAAGGCAUGGGAGUAGCCACAGGAAUGAGGUUCACUUCAAGGAUCGCAUCAUACAAGGUAUGUUGGCCAGAAGGAUGUGCAAGUGCUGAUAUUUUGGCAGCCAUGGAUCACGCUGUUGCUGACGGUGUUGAUGUUCUAUCGAUCUCCUUAGGCGGCGGUUCUAGUAUAAUUUACAGCGAUCAAAUUGCCAUAGCUGCAUUUGGUGCUAUUCAAAAAGGGGUUUUUGUGUCAUGUUCAGCUGGUAAUUCUGGCCCAUUCAUCUCGACUGUUAGUAAUGUAGCACCAUGGGUCAUGACUGUUGCUGCUAGUUACACAGAUAGAACCUUCCCAACCACUGUAAGGCUUGGAAAUGGAAAGGUUUUCGAAGGUUCUUCUUCGUAUUUUGGCAAGAACUUAAAGGAAGUCCCACUUGUUUAUAACAAUACUGCUGGUGAUGGACAAGAAACAAAUUUUUGUACUGCUGGUUCACUUGACCCAACAAUGGUAAGGGGAAAAAUUGUUGUGUGUGAAAGAGGAACAAACUCAAGAACUAAAAAAGGAGAGCAAGUGAAAUUAGCUGGAGGAGCUGGAAUGAUUCUAAUCAACACAAUACUUGAAGGUGAAGAUCUUUUAGCUGAUUCUCAUGUUUUGCCAGCCACUUCUGUUGGAGCUUCGGCUGCCAAAUCCAUCUUAAACUACAUAGCUUCCUCAAAACGUCAAGCGAAAGCAUCAAUCAUUUUCAAAGGGACUAAAUAUGGAAGCCGAGCACCGAGAGUAGCGGCAUUUUCUUCUCGAGGGCCAAGUUUUUUUAAACCAUACGUGAUAAAGCCAGACAUAACUGCGCCUGGUGUUAAUAUAUUGGCUGCUUGGCCGCCGAUUGUGAGCCCGAGUGAGCUUGAGUCUGACAAAAGAAGAGUGUUGUUCAAUAUUAUUUCAGGGACUUCUAUGUCUUGCCCUCAUGUUAGCGGUUUAGCUGCAUUGGUUAAAUCAGUUCACAAGGAUUGGUCGCCUGCCGCCAUUAAAUCGGCGCUCAUGACAACAGCUUAUGUUACUGAUAACAAAAAGCAUCUCAUUUCGGACGUCGGUCGUGCUAGUGGUGGUCCUGCGGAUUCUUUUGCGUUUGGUUCUGGCCAUGUCGAUCCUGAGAAAGCUUCUCAUCCAGGGCUCAUCUACGAUAUCGCACCCCAAGACUACAUAACCUACUUGUGUAGCUUAAAGUAUACUUCAACACAAAUUUCUUUAGUUUCAAGAGGGAAGUUCACAUGUUCAUCAAAAAACACGUUUUCUCAGCCAGGAGACUUGAAUUACCCUUCUUUCUCUGUGUUCAUGAAGAAGGGAAAAAAUGUUAAUAGCACAUUCAAGAGAACAGUGACAAAUGUUGGUAUCCCAAGGAGUGAUUAUACUGUAAGAAUUAACAAUCCAAAAGGAAUAAGAAUUAUUGUGAAACCUGAGAAGUUGAAUUUUGUGAAAUUGGGAGAAAAGUUGAGUUACAAAGUGAGUUUUUAUGCAUUGGGGAAAAGAGAAAGUUUGGAUGAGUUUUCCUUUGGAUCUCUUGUUUGGCACUCAGGAACAUAUGCUGUUAGAAGUCCUAUAGCAGUAACAUGGCAGUAGAUAAGGAUGUGAUGUGGUUGCAGUUUGGAGUACAAUUUCAUUUCUCACAGCUUAUAUAUUUUUGGAUUACCUGUGUUUAAUUCAACUAAUGUAUAAGAAGAAUCAUUCCAUGAAAAAGUACACAAUAUUAUGUGCUACUCUGAUGUUUGAGCCCAAAACUAAGGACAAUAUAUAUACUUCUAUUAUAUAACUUCAUUGUUAUUUGUAUAACUUAUGAACUUAACUAUUAAAUAAUGAAAUUUUAAGA